AUGCUAUCCAUGACAGCUCUCUUGAGGCGCAUACAUCGUAUCCUUGCAAAGGAACACCCGAGACACAAACGAAAGUCAAUCCUCCCUUCCACAACGGACAACGACCUACCAGAAAUCACCGUCAUCCGUCAGCCUUUCGACUUUGGUCCUUUCCAGCGCGCAGAGACUGUGCCUGCUAGCCCUCCUCCAGCGGGAUGGAGACGCAGGCUCAGCGCGCGCAAGUCGGACGCCGCCACCGCUCGGCACGCAAGGGACAAGGCCAGCCAAGGCCACUACGUCCUCCGCAGGAGCACCGUCAUAUUCCCUGAUAUGUCUAACGAAAAAUGGGAAGCACAGUUGUAUGCGCACGCCAACCGCUCCCUCAACAACCUCCCCGUCGCCACUGUCCACUUCUCCGCUCAAGUCGUCGACAUUCCCCCUAUGCCUAAGUCACCGCCCCGCGAGGCGCAUGUCUCAGGGGAGACAGUACCCAAGCGUGCACAUGCGAUGUCCAUCCGCCCUAGACGCAAGCCUGUACCGUCGCUAUAUGCGCUCGAUCCGGACGUGGCGCCUUUGCUCAUUCCGCUCCCACCAUCCCCCUCCCUAUCCGCAUGCAUGGAGCUCGACGACAGCCCGCUCCCGCAACUCGACCCAUGA